CUCCGGUUGAGUGUUCCCUGUCAUCCAGUGUGGAGGUUCCCUCAGAAAUACUAAAUCCUCAAGAGGAAUUUGAGAAAAAUAUGGAGAGGCUCUCAAAUAUUUUGGCAUCAUGUCUUUCUGCUGAGUCUCAAAGAAGCUCUGCUUCAUCAUGGUCUUUUCGGAAGCAGAAAGCCUCAGAGCGCUGGAAAGAGGUGCAGAGUGUCUUCCUGAGGAUUGGUUCUGUGGGGACUGUGAUGUAUUGCAUCACAAAAAACAGCCACUCCACAACAGGGAAAGUGUGAUUCAUGGGUUUUUUGAAGCCAUUCCUCCAACCUCAUGCAUCAUUAAAGGAGAAGGUGGAUAUUGCACCCAUGAGCAAGCUUGCAUUUUGUCAACUGUGAAGGUGCCAGACUGCUCCUGUGAAGGCACAAGCUUCACUGUAUUACCAGGCAAACCAGUGAUUUUGAUUACCAUCAAUGGGCGUUUUGACUUGCAUCAGCCACUAUAUGAAUGUCAAACAUGCCAGCAGCAGUGGACUCCUGAUUUGAAGGACCUCCUUAGGAGUGGAUAUUGGCCAGCCUCUGUCAGCAAUUCAACGCUAUAUACACUGGACCUCCUGAGCUCCUUUCAGGAGCUCAAGGUCAUCGCUCCAGGAUUCUCCAGACAAGCCUUUGCAAAGCUGCUGGAGCAUCGGACUAAGUGUGGAGGAAGAAAUGGACAUAUCAACAGCGAUGCACUGCAGCGGAGCUUUUUGGAGUUUUCCUACGCUUCUUUUGAAGAAGACCAGCUCUGCUGUAGUGCACCUUUCACCUGCCCAGCCUGCACGCCGGAAAUGUUGGCUGUUUCCGCCGAUGGGAACAGAAAGCUAUAUCGCUUUCACCGAAACACAAGCUCUGAUGAUCCUAGUUUUUUUGAAGGGCUCUUUGUGGCUGAAGACAGUGUGGUGUCUACAUUUGUUGACACCAUACAGAAAGCAGUGAGAAAUACACAGGGAAGAGGCGCAUGUGGGGACUCCCAGUGGACAGCAGCGAGGGAGACGUCAAGGAAGGCUUCCAAAUUGGAUGAAGAGGGGAUGGAGGUUGCUGUGUGUCGCCAUGGGUUUCUUCUGAAGGCCCUUAAUAUGUACAGAGGGGAGAUAUAUACCCCCUGUAUCUUCAAAAGGAGCUUAUGCCAGCCAAGGCAAAAUUCUUUGCUAUGGAUGUGGCUUGCAAAUAUUGGCCAUACUUGGAGAAAGCUGCUCGAGUCCUUCCUGCCCUUCAGGAGCUCAAUGAAAUGAAACCCUUCCUCAGCAUAAUGCAUGCUCGAGCCCAUGCUACAAAGUGUGAGAUUAAAUGGAGCGGUAGGAACCAGGAAGGAGCAGGAACAACAGCCGGAGAGGAGGUGGAGCAAGUGAACAGCUACCUGUCACGUUGUGCCCUGACUACCAAAUAUAUGUCCAAAGCAGCACGGGUGGACAUGGUUACUUUGCACGCAGUGGGGUGGAACCACAAAAAUAGUCUCUCUACAUCAGGCACUUUCCACAAGAUAUGUGAAGACUUGUCAGAGACUCCAGGAUGAGACUGCAAGGCUAGAUGAACUCAAAACAGAGCUAUACUGCACUGAAUUGGUGUCACAGUGGCUCUCUGAUGUGAAGGAAUGGGCAGCUGAUGAGACACCAGAUACAUCUUAUGCCAGUCAAGGCACCACACACAGAGGACUUCAGCAGUCAAUUGAGGGGCUUUACCUUAGUGUGAGCCAGCGGAAGCAAACCCUCUACCGCCAGAAUGACAGCAGCAAGUUUCGCCACCGCCUUCGAAGGAAGCUGGCAGAAGACAAAAAGCUCCUCCUUCAGGAGAUCCAGAAAUACAAUGGUCUUGUACAAGACUGCCACAAACAUAGAUGUAGCUACUGUGGAGUAUUCCCUUAAUGGAGAGAGCAAUGUGUCUCAAAUAUGGCCAUGGGAGGUUCAUAUUUUUUUAUUAUGCAUCAACUUGAAAAGGUGCAUCCAUCCAUCUUCUACCGCUUAUCCGGGGCCGGGUCGCGGGGGCAGCAGUCCAAGCAAGGACACCCAGACUUCCCUCUCCCCAGACACUUCCUCCAGCUCCUCCGGGGGAAUACCGAGGCGUUCCCAGGCCAGCCGAGAGACAUAGUCCCUCCAGCGUGUCCUAGGUCUUCCCCGGGGCCUCCUCCCGGUUGGACAUGCCCGGAACACCUCCCCCGGGAGGCGUCCAGGAGGCAUCCGGAACAGAUGCCCGAGCCACCUCAGCUGACUCCUCUCGAUGUGGAGGAGCAGCGGCUCUACUCUGAGCUCCUCCCGAGUUACCGAGCUCCUCACCCUAUCUCUAAGGGAGCGCCCAGCCACCCUGCGGAGGAAACUCAUUUCGGCCGCCUGUAUCCGAGAUCUUGUCCUUUCGGUCAUGACCCAAAGCUCAUGACCAUAGGUGAGGAUCGACUGGUAAGAUCGACUGGUAAAUAGAGAGCUUCGCCUUGCGGCUCAGCUCUUUCUUCACCACAACAGACCGGUAUAUCGACCGCAUCACUGCAGAAGAUGCACCGAUCCGCCUGUCGAUCUCCCGCUCCAUCCUUCCCUCACUCGUGAACAAGACCCCAAGAUACUUAAACUCCUCCACUUGAGGCAGGAGCUUUCCACCAACCUGAAGGGGACAAGCCACCCUUUUCCGGCUGAGAACCAUGUCCUCAGACUUGGAGGUGCUGAUUCUCAUCCCUGCCGCUUCACACUCGGCUGCAAACCGUCCCAGUGCACGCUGGAGGUCCUGAUUUGAGGAAGCCAACAGGACAACAUAAUCUGCAAAAAGCAGAGACGAAAUCCCGUGGUCCCCAAACCGGACACCCUCCGGCCCCCAACUGCGCCUAGAAAUCCUGUCCAUAUAAAUAAUGAACAGAACCGGUGACAAAGGGCAGCCCUGCCGGAGUCCAACAUGCACCGGGAACAAGUCUGACUUACUGCCGGCAAUGCGAACCAAACUCCUGCUCCGGUCAUAUAGGGACCGGACAGCCCUUAGCAGAGGGCCCCGGACCCCAUACUCCCAGAGCACCCCCCACAGAUCACCACGAGGGACACAGUCGAAUGCCUUCUCCAGAGCCACAAAGCACAUGUGGACUGGUUGGGCAAACUCCCAUGAACCCUCCAGCAACCUGGUGAGGGUGUAGAGAUGGUCCAGUGUUCCACGACCGGGACGAAACCCGCAUUGUUCCUCCUGAAUCCGAGGUUCAACUAUCGGCCGAAUUCUCCUCUCCAGUACCCUGGCAUAGACUUUUCCGGGGAGGCUGAGGAGUGUGAUCCCCCUGUAGUUGGAACACACCCUCCGGUCCCCCUUCUUAAACAGAGGGACCACCACCCCAGUCUGCCAGUCCAGAGGCACUGUCCCCAGCCGCCACGCGAUGUUGCAGAGGCGUGUCACCCAAGACAGCCCCACAACAUCCAGAGACUUGAGGUACUCAGGGCGAAUCUCAUCCACCCCCGGUGCCUUGCCACUGAGGAGCUUCUCAACCACCUCAGUGACCUCAGCUUGGGGGAUCGAUGAGUCCUCAACUGAGCCCUCUGCUUCUGCUUCCUCAGUGGAAGACAUGUCGGUGGGGUUGAGGAGAUCCUUGAAGUACUCCUUCCACCGUCCGAGAAUGUCCCCAGUCGAAGUCAGCAGUUUCCCACUUCCACUGUAAACAGUGUGAGCAGGGCACUGCUUCCCCCUCCUGAGGCGCCGGACGGUUUGCCAGAAUUUCUUCGAGGCCAACCGAUAGUCCUUCUCCAUGGCCUCACCGAACUCCUCCCAGACCCGAGUUUUUGCCUCUGCAACCACCCGGGCUGAAGCUCGCUUGGCCCUCCGGUACCUAUCAGCUGCCUCCGGAGUCCCCCGAGCCAACCAGGCUCGAUAGGACUCCUUCUUCAGCUUGACGGCAUCCCUUACUUCCGGUGUCCACCACCGGGUUCGGGGAUUGCCGCCACGACAGGCACCGGAGACCUUACGGCCACAGCUCCGCGCGGCUGCGUCGACAAUGGAGGUGGAGAACAUGGUCCACUUGAAGCUCUGCCGGAGGUGGGAGUUGAAGAUCUCUCUGACCGGAGACUCUGCCAAACGUUCCCAGCGGACCCUCACAGUACGUUUGGGUCUGCCAAGUCUGUCCAACUUCCUCCCCGGCCAUCGGAUCCAACUCACCACCAGGUGGUGAUCAGUUGACAGCUCCGCCCCUCUCUUUACCCGAGUGUCCAAGACAUACGGCCGGAGGUCAGAUGAAACAACCACAAAGUCGAUCAUCAACCUCCGACCUAGGGUGUCCUGAUGCCAUGUGUACUGAUGGACACCCUUAUGCUUGAACAUGGUGUUUGUUAUGGACAAACUGUGACUAGCACAGAAGUCCAAUAACAGAACACCACUCGGGUUCAGGUCGGGGGGGGCCGUUCCUCCCAAUCACGCCCCUCCAGGUGUCACUGUCGCUGCCCACAUGAGCGUUGAAGUCCCCCAGUAGAACGACGGAGUCCCCGGUCGGAGCACUUUCCAGCACCCCUCCCAGAGACGCCAAGAAGGUCGGGUACUCUACACUGCCAUUUGGCCCGUAAGCACAAAUAACAGUGAGAGACCUCUCCCCGACCCGAAGGCGCAGGGAAACGCCCCUCCUUGUCCUGGGAGACGGGCCAGACAAAGAGCGGUUCAAAACCCCUUUAUGAAGAGAAAUAUAGCAAGGUCCGUGACGUCGCCCGGUAUGGCGCAACCGGGGCCCCACCCUGGAGCCAGGCCCGGGGUUGGGGCUCGCAUGCGAGCGCCUGGUGGCCGGGUCUUACCCCAUGGAUUGGGUGGCAGUCGAAGGCGGGAGCCUCGGCGACCCAAUCUCCGGACACGGAAUCUGAAAAGCCAACAUUUCAAUCAAGAAGCAAUUGCAUGACCAAGUGAUGUUGGAGAUGCGACUGCAAGAGGAAAAAAGCAUUUUGGUUUUGGAGAUGGCACAACACUGCACAUGGUUGCAGAGCCUGGCAGUGGUUCUCAAGAACAAGAUGACUGAGGAGGAUGUAGACAAGGGAAAUGAGGGACUUUGCUGUCUCUUAAGAAGACGACUGUCAGAGGUGUCAGAACGGUUGCAAGUUGUCCUCCAACAGUACAAGACUGCUUUAGGUCCUGAGGCCUCUGUCCUUCUACAUGUUGAAGCAGAAGAUCCAAGUGGCUUCAGUAGUCCAGACACCAGUGAGGAUGAAGAGGAAAACACAGUUUAGAUGGAAGAUACACAAAGGACUGUGUUGAAGGAAAUGGACUCACCCUAUAUCUGUAUAUUAUUAGUAUGCUGAUUGAUUAAACACAUCAAAAUAUGUAUGCAUCCUAUAUUGUUGAAAAGUCUACCUUUGUUGACAAUUUAUCUGUCACUGUCUUUUUUUUGUCCUUACAAGCACAUUGUACAUUGGUACAGCAGAUUUAGCUAAUACAUUAAGUACUUGUAUAAUGCAUUAGAUUGUAUGUAACAGAAAAAUACACUGUUUUGUAUGCUAUGAUUAUACUUUAUAUUGUAUAUUACUUGUUUCCCUGUUGGUGCUUUUCAAGUUACCUUAACCUCGGUCCAGUGUCAUUAAAUACAACCUUAUGA